AGAAGCUCUUUACAAAGAAUUGUGUGAUACGACAUUCCACAAUGACUACCUUGAUUGCAAAUAGUACUUCUGGUCUCUCUCCUGAUACUGCUAACAAUAUGGAACUGCCAGGGAGUCAACAAGUCACAAGAAAGUUUUGGAUAGAUACGAAGUCUUUAAAUGUACCAGAUGUUCUGGAUCCAGAUGACUCUUUGAUGAAAAAAUUCCAAAAUGCUCUACGAGAGCAUCUUGUUCGCGUCGACAAUAAGUUAAAUAGCGAAAUAUUAGAGCUUGAGGCUAAUAUAAAAGUACUAGAGAAGGAACGUGAAACAGAAGGUUUACAAAUGUACUAUGCUCAACAGGAAGUAGCGCGACAGCAAAUGACAAUUGAGAAGUAUCAAAGCAUGAUAGCAAAUAUGGUUUCGCAGCGCGAAGAGAAAGAUACACACAUAAAGAAUGUCAAAGAGAUUCACAAAGAUACCCACGUUAAAUUAUUGGAAGAGAAAAGGAAAGAAGAGAAUCUCAUGCACGAAUUAGAACAGAUUACUGAUUUGCAAGCGCAAUUCUCAAAAUUGCAAACAGAGCUCGAAAAUAACUUGAUUAUUUCUAAACAAGUAUCGAAAAAAGAUAAGAUAAUUCAACGAGAUCUAAUUGCUCAGAAACAGCAGAAAGACUGCAUAAUAUAUAAACUUAUGGAGGAAGUCUGGAGAAUUAAAACCGAGAUAGCCAAUUUAGACACGCAACUGCAGUUGAAAAAUAAAGAAAAAAUUCAGAUAAAUCAGAUGAUCGCUGACGUUGAUACUGAUCUAGCAACGUUGCAUAAACAGCAUACGAAUUUAUGCAACGCCUGGAAUUCUGUUGUACUGAAUAUUACUAAUCGGAAUAAAGUUUAUGAGCAACUAAAUACAGAGCGUGAGAAAAUAUGUGAAUCUUUUAAUACGUUACAAACGGAAAUAGACAAGUUAAAGAAAGAAACUUGUAAGGAAACAGAAAACAAUGAGAAUCUGACCUCACUGCAUAUACGAAUAGAAGACAAUAUUCUGAAUAACACAAAAUUGAUGGAAAUCGGAAAUGAUAAACUUAAUAAUUUGGAAUCUGAAUUAGUAAAAAUAGCAAAAUUUAGUGAACAGGAACAACAUGAAUUUGAUUUAAUUCAAAAUGAAUGGCAAUAUUUGUUACAUAAAGAGGAAGAAAUAGAUAAAGAAUUUACAAAAUGUCUAAAUAAGCAAAAUGAGUUAGAAAAAAUAAUAUAUAGCAAACUGGAAGAAAAAGUUGCGCAUAACAAAGCGGCGCAAUAUUUGAAUAAAUUAUUAUUAGAUUCUAAAGAGUCAUUACAAGAACAAGAAUUGUUACUAGCAGAAACAGAAAAUUCAUAUAGCAAAAAAUUAUUGGAAUUGGAACAACUUAAUUCAAACAUAUCUUAUGAGAAGGCAGACUUCGAGGAACUCUUGCAAAAUAAUAAUAAAAAAGAGAAAGAGAUAGAUGAGAUUCAGAAAGAAAUCAAGAAUCAUGACACAGCAAUCGAGAGGAAACAAAUAAAAAUUGUCAAUUUGAACAAAACCAUUGAAGAGAUAUUAUCGCAUAGAGAAAAUGGAGAAGUUAAUCCUCUUGAUAUGAAAAUAAAAACCUUGGAAAAGAAUAUAGAAGAAAUUCAGCAAAAUAAUCAGAAAGCACAACAAUUAUGGAUUCGCCAAGAAGGAUAUAUGAUUACAUUGAGUCAACAGAAGGAUUUACAAUUGCAAGAACUUAAUCUUCUUAAUAAAGAAAUUAUGAUUAUGGAGCAAAAAAAUUUGAAACUAGAGCAUGCUUUGAAAAUGCUUGAUAAGGAAGAUUCGAACAUCGAGAGGACAUUAAAUCUUCUGCAACAAAGAAUAGUUCAAUUAAAUUCACAAUUAGUCAUUCGAAAAGGACUGAAAGAAGAAUUAGAAGACAAAAAUUCUAUUAAAAAAAUGGAAGGGAUACAAGUUCUCGAAGAUGCAGAAUUAAAUCUAAUAAACAUGCAAAACGAUUUAAAACAGUUAUAUGAGGAAAAGGCACUUUUGAAGGAUAAUUUAGAUGCAGUGCAACAAGAAAGUUUAUCAUGGGAGAAGAAAGUGAAAUUAAUGCAAGAAGCGAUGAAGAAAUUGAGAGAUGAACAUAGUAAUGGUGGCGAUAUCACAGUGAUGAAAAGUGAAAUUCAUAAAAUGGAAAUGCGCCUCACACAUUUGCGUAGGGUACAAGAAAAAUUGAUCCAUGAUAUGGAGUUUUGUGUUGCACGAAGAGAUAUUAUAUUAGACAAAGCCAUGAGCAAACUUAAAAAAGAUCCUAAAGGACAACAUAAUCAGAAAGUUAUAUUUCAUAAACGUCUUGCUGAUCAAAAGUUAAAGAUAAAACAAAUCGUGAAGGAUACAAAAAAGAUUGAAAAUAGAAUAUUGGAACUGGAAAAUCAAAUAAAGGAUGCAGCAGACAAAUGCAACGAAUCGCAAACAGCAUUGAAAAUGGUGCAAACUGAUAUCCCAAAUUUGAAUCAAGGAAUUACACAAAUAGAAGCUGUUAAAUAUCAUAAUUUACAGACAUUAGUUUUUAAGCAAAGAAAAGCUAAAAUGCUAGAAGACAUUAAAAGUGGUCGAUAUAAAAUGCUUUUCAAGAGUGAAGCUACAUUAAGUGAAGAAUUCCAAAAUGAACAGAUUCUUCGUGAUUAUUUGAAACAUGUAAUGGAACGAACGAAUCAAGAUUUCCCUUUAUUGAAAAACGAUAUUCAAAAAAUACUUUUGACAUUAGAGACAUCAGAAUAAAAUUUUAAUAUACAAUUAUUAAAAGAAAAAGA